AUGGAAGAGUGCAAGCGUCAGGUAACCGGGUUUAAGAACAACGACUACAAGGGUUUCAAAGACUUGGAUGAGGCUAAGGCGUGGCUUGGGGCCGUUGCAGAACCAGCAGAUUUUGGGGGGGAGCCUCAACAGCUUGCUAUCGAGGCAGGGGAGCAACAUCAAGAGGGAGACCUCGGGCAAGACCUUCCGAAUCCGAUCCAACUACCGGUCUAUGGAAGCCCGCCGUCCCAUGAAACUGAAGACACCCAUGGGAGCUCAUCAAAUAGUCUGGAUGUUCGCGGUGGCAGCAGCAACUCGUAUGCCUUAGUAGGUGGUGUCGAAGGCUGUCCGAUGAAGGAGGGACCUUUCUUGCACGUGGAGGACAUGGAGUUGUUGCUAAUGCGUGCAUGCUCAUCCCUUGGCAUCGGGGCUCCCAUUUUCAUAUGCCAGGAGAACAGGUCUAGUGAGGAGGCCGUUCGCUUUGCGUUCACCGUGGUUCUGCCUUAUAACAGCAGGGGCCUGGAGCUCGUUGCACAUGGACCCACUUCAGCGGAUGUGCGAGUGGCUCGUCAAGAAGUAUCAUUUGCAAUGUUGGAGAAAAUGGUAGCAGCAACUGGAUAUAGCAUAUGCGACUACAACUACCACACAGUUGCCCGCAUGGAGGAACGCUGGAGAGAGAUUCAGGAUGCCAGUUUAUCUUCCGUGGCACACUGGAUUCAUCUUCUAAAAGAGGAAAAUGCUGAUCUUCAGCAUCAGGUUGAGAUGAUAAAUGAAAUGCUGGAAGAGUAGUGGUUCAUUUUACAAUUUAGGGUCGGGUCUGAGGUAUGUGUGCUUAUGACAGUGGCUGUUGAAGGUUAAGGUUUUUACUCUAGUAGAAUAUGUUGUUACUUUAGGAUAAGUUAGGGUAAGUUUUGGUUGCUAACAUUACUAGGAUUGGGGUGAGUAUCUCUGGUGGAGUAGUAGGCAUUCAUGGUGAAGUUGAAUGUAACAUGGAUAUGUAUAUUCUAGUUAUGAUGAAUAUGAUGGAUGAUUAAGAAAGUGAAUGUUUGAUUUCCAUUUCUGAAUCAGUAUUUGACUAUGUAUUUAAACACUAACAAUGUGGUUUUGUUGCUAAUUUCAUGGUGUUGGAGUCUUGAUUUUUUUAUUCUUCCUGUUGACGCCACUGGCAAGCACCGAGGGGGUACGUAGUUAUUUGGUAGGAAAAUAGGUGGAAGAAGCAAAUUAGUUGUAAAUAAUGGUUAAAUAUUUGGUUGAUUAGAUUUUUCAAUAUUUUGGUUUAAAGUGAACCCAAUUCCAUUCAAUAAUGGUUAUUUUGAAAUUAAAUUUGUGAUUAUUUUACCAUUUUAACAAAAUAGGAGGUGAUUAAUGUGUUUUAGCUAUGAAGCCGUGGAUAAAGGGUUCGGGGAAGAAGUAGCCAAUGGCCUAAAAGAAUAUAAACCUGUAACUCGCUUUUGAAAAAGAAAUAUUUAAGUUAAGUUUUCGCAGCCAUCAAUCAUGUCCAAUCAAUCUAUCUAGUAGCAUGACAGAUAGUAGUGGAAAGGAUUUGGUUGAGUGGCUCGGUGACCACCUCGUGACUCGUAACAAAUCUUGCAAUAGAAGAUUACCAUCAAAAGAUGGGAGAAAUUUUGUUGGGCCUCAAUGGUUGGGCCUUUGGAUGCAUUUCAUUCCCUUUCUGUAAGGCGGGGCCUAUCCCAGUGAAUGAAACGAGUUGACACCUGGGUUAAUAAAGUAACUGGUCCCAUUGUACUGGUAGUACGAACCCCCCCAGCAAUCUUCCUGAGUUCCAUUUGCCGCGUAAAGUUGAAUUCUUGAGGGAUGAAAAUGGGUGAUCAAAAGGAUGGCAUUGGUGAAGCUCCAAGAUCAAUUGAAGUUCCUCCAAACUUUGCAUCGAUGGAGGCAUCCGUGUUAGACGAGAUUGUGAGGUAUGUCUAUGUUUUCCAUGUCUGUAUAUGCAUAUCCAUGUAAGAGGUUCAUGUUUGAAGGUACUGAAUCAUUUGUUAUUUGCAUCAACACGGAGAAGAAGAAUGCACAUGAAGAGGAUGGAUCUGCUCCGGAGGACAGGAUCAUGGCUGUGUUCAACAAGAUACAUGAGGUCAGUAUGGUGAUAUUGUUAAUGGUACUAGUGUGGCAAGUUUCCAGAGUCAGGUUAUCAUUGUCGACAUUACACGUUUUUCUGUUGUAGCUGUUGAUGGACAACGAUCGAGAUGUGCGGAAAGUCAUGGAGUCUCAAGGAAAGCAGAUAAAAGGAUUGUUGGAGCUUGCGGCAGAGAACUGCAAAGUCAUCGCCUUGUUGUGGGAAGACUACGCGGUGAGGUGCAAAGGAGAAGCUAUGGUUGCUGAUGUUGACAUGAAGAAGCAACGUUCAGUGGGUUGUUCAAGUACACGAAGGGGUAAUGUCACUUAUGCGAGUUCCACCAAACAGAGGACGAGAAAAAAGGGGAUCAGCCAACUAGAGAUGUGGAAGCUGUUAUUGGGAAUGCUGAAUCCAUUUUAAGAAACAUCCCGGGAUUACCAUACUCCUCCAUUGUUUACACUACCGUCGUCGACACCCUCCGCUUACUAACAAAGUUUAGACCUCCAACCGCAUCUAUCUCCUUUUUCACGUUGGUGAAAAUGGUCCGCGUAUAUACCAUGGCAGCACAUUUUUCGAUUGGAUCAAGGCACGUCGUCAUAACAGGGACGUUAUAGAUGGAGUUGAACUGUGCAACCAUCUCAUUAUUUUGAUAUUCACGAAGGACUAGCUCAAGGUUUUGCACAAGCUCCAGUAUAGUGUGCUUCGAGCUAAGGAAUUUCUUCACAUGGGAAUUUAUACCCUCGCAUCGCGAUGUGGUACGAAACCCAGCACAGAACUUGUUGCCAAGGUAUGCAUUCGUCCACAUCUUUCUCUUUUCGUACAUCUGCAUUGCCCACAACUUAUCAUGUAACUCGUAUUCAUCCGCUGCUUCAUCCCAUUCCGCUUCAAAGUCAUCUAUCGACAUAUCCGCAUACAACCACCUUGAAAACAAGUCCCUGAACAUCUGCUCAUUCCCAUUAGAUGUAACAUUCUUUUGUAGAUGCUAAGCACACAGGCGAUGGGUUGCACUAGGAAAAACUUCCGUAACUGCGGCAAUAAUGGCAUCAUCGCCGUCUAUGACUACAACAGAUGGAAAUUUAUUACACAUCACCUCAAGGAGAUUUUCUAGCAUCCACUUGUACGAAGCAAUCGU